AUGGAUAAUAUUACAAGUGAAAAUGGUACGAUUCGAAAUCUUAAAACGGGAUACGACCUACCCGUGUAUGGUUUAGCUAAUGGCACGUUUUAUUAUGUCCAUGUUCCCGCGCUCUUCUGCAUUUUCGGAAGCCUUUUGUGUGUAGUUGCUGUCCUAAUAUUAUCAUUUCGGCAUAAAAAUCACAACACUUUUUUUAGUUGGACUAAGAGUGAACGAUUUAUUGUCUAUCUAUCAAUUUGUGAUGGUGGCUUUAACGUGUUUCACAGUGCCGACCAUUUACAAUACGUCGUUGCUAAGGACCAUAUUCAUCCAAAAGAGCUAUGUGAAUUUUACGGUGUUGCUCUAACUGAAUUUAUAACUGCCCAGAACUUGAUGGUGAAUAUUGCUGCCAUAAAUGCUUUUAUCGUGAUGUAUUUUAACAAAAACGUCGACUUCGGCAAAUACGACUGGAGGGUACUAGCGUGGACGUUUGGCUUGCCGUUUGUCGGCGGCAUGGCUGCUGCAGUUAGCGGGCAGCUGGGACCAAACGGAGUCUUUUGUCACUUUGAUGCAAUCAAGGGCGGUAUAUCUUACAUAUCAAUGACAACGGUUCCUCUUGUAAUCAUAUUCACGACUAACACCGUCCUGUACGUACUCACAUGGAGAAAGAUCAAACUGCAUACGUCUCGUAUGUCACGAGCGUUAAAGAAUGCCAAUAUGGAAGAAAAAUCACAUUGCGCUGCAAGAAACAUGUCAAUGUUUGUUAGCGCAUUUUUCAUUCAGUGGUGGGCGGUUGUAGUUUUCAGCGUAUGGCAGUUGGUCGAACCACGUGUUCCACAACCGUUGAUGCAUGUUGCAACAAUUUUCAGUAACUUUGGCGGAUGUUUGAACCUGGGAAUCUAUAUGAUAAUAAGGCGUAGGACAACCAGUGGAAGAAAGAGGGACAUGAGGCAAGACACCAACCAGAUGAACAGCAAAGCGUCUAUCAUGGACUGUUCCACCCAUGCUGAAGAGUUGUGUAAUAUGUAAACAUUUGAUAAAUAUGGCAACACAAAAUCUCGAAAAUAGGAUUUAACAAGAAGAAUAUAUUUAAUAUUUAUAAUAAAA